GCAAAAAAUUGUUCACCCAAUUUUCACUUAAGAAUUUAGAAAAUGCAGAACAAUAAAUUAAGAAAAAAGGAAAUUAAGAGGAGUGCGCCUUCUAUGGAUAUUAGUGUUGCAGCUACUUGACCCCGCCCGCGGUCCUCGCAUCACCAUCCCUUUCCCAGCCAUGGAAGAACUCGCAAAUCACAACGCCGACGUCGACAACGCCAACGACGACGAAGCACCGAUGCUCAGCUCUAAAGCCCUCGUGGCUCCCCAGGAAUUCCACUGCAAGCAGAACCAGUCACCGGCGGACCAGCCGGAGGUGGCUCUGGUGACGGAGGAUUGGAGGCUGAGCCAGUUCUGCUACGAUUGCGGGACGGCCGAGACCGUGGCCAAUGAGGUCCUCGCUCUCUGUUCGGGCACUCGCUUUCGUGUGGCUUGCAUCGCUUGCCCCAGGCUUUAUGCUUAUCUCAAAAGAAUUGAUCCCAGUGUCUCCGUGCAACUGCUCGAGUGCGACAAACGUUUUGAACAAUACGAAAGUGACUUCCCGUUUUAUGACUACAACCAACCGGGAGAGUUGCCAACUGAAAUGAAGCAUGCUUACCAAGUUAUAGUUGCAGAUCCUCCGUACCUGGUAAGGGCCUAA